UGUCUUCAGUAUGAAAUAGAGAAGGUUGUGCUUUAAACAUGAACCAGGAGCUGGAUUUUAUGUUUGUUAAAUAUGCACGGGUCUGGAUCCCGGAUGUAGAGGAAGUGUGGAAGUCAGCAGAGCUCACCAAGGACUACAGACAAGGCGAUGGAGUACUGCAGCUACAGCUGGAGGAUGGAAAGGAACUGGAGUAUAAAUUGGACCCAAAGACAAACAACUUACCACACCUCCGUAACCCUGAUAUCCUGGUGGGAGAAAAUGACCUGACAGCUCUCAGUUACCUUCACGAGCCCGCUGUGUUGCACAAUCUGAAAGUGCGCUUCAUUGAUUCCAAACUCAUCUACACAUACUGCGGUAUUGUUCUAGUCGCUAUUAACCCAUAUGAGACACUACCCAUCUAUGGAACUGACAUCAUUAAUGCAUACAGUGGGCAGAACAUGGGUGACAUGGACCCUCACAUCUUCGCAGUGGCAGAAGAAGCUUACAAACAGAUGGCCAGGGAUGAGAGGAAUCAGUCCAUCAUUGUGAGCGGAGAAUCGGGAGCAGGGAAAACUGUCUCAGCCAAAUACGCCAUGCGUUACUUUGCUACGGUCAGUGGCUCUGCCAGCGAAGCCAAUGUGGAAGAAAAAGUUCUGGCAUCCAACCCCAUCAUGGAGUCCAUCGGUAAUGCCAAGACCACCAGGAAUGACAAUAGCAGUCGUUUUGGGAAAUACAUUGAGAUUGGCUUUGAUAAGAAGUAUCACAUCAUUGGUGCGAACAUGAGGACAUAUCUCUUGGAGAAAUCACGUGUCGUAUUUCAGGACCUGCGGGAGGCUGUUGCUGCUGCCACUGCAAGAAAGGCUGAUGAUUUUCACUACACCAAACAGGGCAGGAACCCAGUGAUAGAUGGAGUAGAUGAUGCCAAGGAGAUGUCGACCACCAGAAACGCCUUCACACUGCUAGGUGUAAAUGAGUCCUAUCAGCUGGGCUUGUUUCAGAUUCUGGCUUCAAUUUUGCACCUGGGGAAUGUGGAAGUGAAGGAUAGAGACUCGGACAGCAGUAUUAUUCUACCGAAUAAUGGUCACCUGAGUGUGUUUUGUGAAUUGAUGGGAGUGACAUAUCAAGACAUGUCUCAUUGGCUGUGUCAUAAGAAGCUGAAGACGGCAACUGAGACGUACAUUAAACCCAUUCCCAAACUACAGGCCAUAAACGCCCGCGAUGCUCUCGCUAAACACAUCUAUGCCAAACUCUUCAACUGGAUCGUGGACCAUGUGAAUAAAGCACUGCAUUCUACGGGCAAACAGCACUCGUUCAUUGGAGUCCUAGACAUUUACGGGUUUGAGACUUUUGAAAUCAACAGUUUUGAACAGUUCUGUAUUAAUUAUGCCAAUGAGAAACUACAGCAACAGUUCAACAUGCAUGUGUUUAAGUUGGAGCAGGAGGAGUAUAUGAAAGAGCAGAUCCCCUGGACUCUCAUUGAUUUCUAUGAUAAUCAGCCAUGUAUCAACCUCAUCGAGGCCAAGAUGGGCAUCCUGGACCUGCUGGAUGAAGAGUGCAAGAUGCCGAAGGGCUCUGAUGACUCCUGGGCUCAGAAACUGUAUAACACUCAUUUGAAGACGUGUGCACUUUUUGAAAAACCACGGAUGUCCAAUAAAGCUUUCAUUAUUCAGCACUUUGCAGAUAAGGUGGAGUAUCAGUGUGAUGGUUUUCUGGAGAAGAAUAAAGACACAGUGAAUGAGGAGCAGAUACAUGUUCUGAAGGCCAGUAAGAAGUUUGACCUGCUGGUAGAGCUGUUCCAGGAUGAAGAGAAAGCCACAAGUCCGACCGGUGCUGCUCUUGCUACUGGAGGACGCACUCGCCUCAGUGUCAAACCAAACAAGAACAAAGCUGGCCAAGCCAGCAAAGAACACAAGAAGACAGUCGGACUGCAGUUCCGUAACUCUCUGCAGCUGCUGAUGGAGACACUGAAUGCGACUACACCACAUUACGUUCGCUGCAUAAAACCCAACGAUUACAAAUAUGCCUUCACGUUUGACCCCAAGAGAGCAGUGCAGCAACUGCGUGCAUGUGGAGUUUUGGAAACAAUCCGGAUUUCUGCAGCUGGUUUCCCAUCUAGGUGGACGUAUCAGGAGUUCUUUAGCAGGUAUCGUGUCCUGAUGAAACAAAAAGAUGUUUUGACAGACAAGAAGAUGACCUGUAAGAAUGUUCUGGAGAAACUGGUGCAGGAUCCAGAUAAGUACCAAUUUGGCAAGACCAAGAUCUUUUUUCGCGCAGGGCAGGUUGCGUAUCUGGAGAAACUGCGUGCAGAUAAGCUGCGUGCUGCCUGCAUCCGCAUCCAGAAGACCAUCCGCUGCUGGCUGGCACGCAAGAAGUACCUGCGCAUGAAACAUGCUGCCACAACCAUCCAGAGAUAUGUCCGUGGAUACCAGGCCCGCUGUCUUGCAAAAUUCCUGCGUCGCACACGUGCUGCGAUCAUCAUUCAGAAGUACCAGCGCAUGUAUGUCCAGAGAACAUGUUACAAACGCAAGCAGGCUGCCGCUCUGGUCAUGCAGUGCAUCCUCAGGGCGUAUAUGGCCAGACAGCUGUACAAAGCGCUUCUGCGUGAGCACAAGGCCAUCAUCAUUCAGAAGAUGGUCCGAGGCUGGUUGGCGCGGCAGUGGUUCAAGCGGACGCUCGAAGCCAUCGUUUACCUGCAGUGUUGCGUCCGCCGCAUGCGAGCCAAGCGAGAACUCAAGAAGCUCAAGAUCGAAGCACGUUCGGUGGAACACUUCAAGAAACUCAACAUCGGCAUGGAGAACAAGAUCAUGCAACUGCAGCGCAGGGUGGACGACCAGAACAAGGAGAACCGUGUUAUCAGCGAGCGUUUGAACAGUCUAGAGGUCAGCCAUGCUGCAGAGUCUGAGCGUCUGCGUGUAGAAUUGACACGUCUGCGAGGGGCAGAAGAGGACGCCAAAAACAAUGCCAACAAAGUUACAUCUCUUCUGGAAGAGCUGGAGCGACUGCGCAAAGACCUGCAGAACACACGGAAGGAGAAGAAAGCAAUCGAGGACUGGGCACAAACCUACCAGGACGAGAUGGAAAAGAUGAUCUCAGAACUAAAGGAGCAAAACCACCUGCUGAAGAACGAGAAAAACGACCUGAACCGACUGAUCCAAGAACAGAGCCAGCAGUGGACAGAGAAAAUGCAGAGGGCUCUGAAGGAGGAAACUCAGCAGUUAGAAAACGAUUUAAACGAGGAACGUUCUCGCUACCAGAACCUUCUUACCGAACACCUCCGACUAGAGGAGAAAUACGACGAUUUGAAAGAGGAGAUCACACUUGCUGUAAAUGUUCCAAAACCUGGUCACAGACGCACAGACUCCACACACAGCAGCAACGAAUCAGAAUAUACCUACAAUUCAGAGUAUGCCGAGUCCGAGGAAGGGACCCGCGGAGGGGAGGACGUUUCCAAGGCGAUACUGGAUAUGUCCUUGUUCCUAAAGCUGCAGAAGAGAGUUUCCGAGCUAGAGCAAGAAAAACAGUCACUACAGAACGAACUCGAUCGGAGAGAAGAGCAGUUUCAGCGGGCUAGAGCUAGGGAUGAUGAGGAACAUAAGAAAGCUCGUAGUGCUGAGCUGGAAUAUGAAUCUCUCAAGCGUCAGGAGUUGGAGUCAGAGAACAAGAAGCUCAAACAUGAUUUGAAUGAGAUGCGUCAGUCUCUGAGAGGCAGCGCUGAGGCCGGUUCUGCCGCUCCGGGUUCUCCUGCGUACACGGUCCUGCUGGAUCAGCUGAACGCCUCCAACGAGGAGCUGGAGGUGCGGAAGGAGGAGGUGAUGGGGGCGACCAUGACUGAGCCUUUACCGUACAUUGAGGAUGUGCAGAAGCUGACUGAUGCAAAGGAGAUCUCCCAGGCCUACAUGGGCCUUAAAGAGACCAACAGGUUGUUGGAGUCUCAGUUGCAGGCUCAGCGGCGGUCUCAUGAGAACGAGGUGGAGGUUUUGCGUGGAGAAUUGCAGAGUGUUAAAGAGGAGAAUAACCGUCAGCAGCAGCUGUUAGCUCAGAACCUGCAGCUUCCUCCAGAGGCCCGAAUCGAGGCCAGUCUACAGCACGAGAUCACGCGCCUCACCAACGAGAACCUGGAUCUUAUGGAGCAACUGGAGAAACAGGACAAGACCGUCCGCAAACUGAAGAAGCAGCUCAAAGUCUUUGCAAAGAAGAUCAAUGACCUGGAAGGUGGCCAGAUGGAUGUGUCUCCAGGACAGACGGCCGACGAGCCUGUUCAUCCAGUGAACAUUCCACGCAGGGAGAAAGAUUUCCAGGGAAUGCUGGAAUACAAGAAAGAGGAUGAACUCAAACUGGUCAAAAACCUCAUACUUGAGCUAAAGCCUCGUGGAGUGGCAGUGAAUCUGAUACCAGGUCUGCCGGCAUACAUCCUCUUCAUGUGUCUGCGUCAUGCCGACUACAUUAAUGAUGACCAGAAAGUCCGAUCUCUACUCACCUCCGCCAUCAACAGCAUCAAGAAGAUCCUCAAGAAAAGAGGCGAUGACUUUGAGACUGUUUCCUUCUGGUUGUCCAAUACAUGUCGUUUCCUGCACUGCCUGAAACAGUACAGUGGUGAUGAGCAAUUCAUGAAGCAUAACACUCCUAAACAGAACGAUCACUGUCUCUCCAACUUUGACCUGGCCGAGUACCGGCAGGUUCUGAGUGAUCUGGCCAUUCAGAUCUACCAGCAGCUCAUCAAGUGUAUGGAGAACAUCUUGCAGCCCAUGAUCGUCUCUGGCAUGCUGGAGCAUGAAACCAUCCAGGGUGUGUCCGGGGUGAAGCCUACGUAUAACGUGAGUCAGCUGGAGGAGUGGCUGAGAGAUAAGAACCUCAUGACAUGCGGUGCGAAAGAGACGCUGGAGCCGUUGAUUCAGGCCGCACAACUACUGCAGGUCAAGAAGAAGACGGAUGAGGAUGCUGAGGCCAUCUGCUCCAUGUGUAAUGGCCUCUCUACAGCACAGAUUGUGAAGGUGCUGAACUUGUAUACACCUGUCAACGCGUUUGAAGAGCGUGUGUCAGUACUGUUCAUAAGGACAAUACAGACACGUUUACGGGAUCGAAAGGAGUCGCCUCAGCUGCUGAUGGACACCAAACUCAUCUACCCCGUGACCUUCCCCUUUAACCCCUCCUCCCUGGCCCUGGAAACUAUUCAGAUACCCGGCAGCCUCAAUGUGGGCUUCCUCACUCGUGUGUAGACCUGUCAAUCACCUCACCUCAACCAAUCACACGGCAGGAACAGGCAGCCAAAAUAUAUAAAUAAAUAAAAAAUAAUGAUUAUAGGUAAAUAAGCCACACACUUAAAGAGAAUGCAAUUUAGAUCAUGUCAUCAAUCCUUCGUUUUGCACUUCUUCAUCAUUUUUAUUUAUUCAAUAAAAGAGUGAAUCUCACGAAACCUGUCAAGUAUGUGUUCAGCUCACAAUUGACCCCACAAUCAAAAGAAACUAUUUUGCUUGAAGAAAAUUAAGCUCAUUAAGACAAUUAAUAUUUUGACAUUGUGAUGCUAUUUUAAUGACAUUUAAGCACUUCCUCCCAAAAUUCUGAUUACUGAAAUGCAAAAAGAAAAAGAAAAAACUCAUUUUAACUCAAUAUAUUAUUGACAUUGUACAGUGUUUGCUAAUAUAUGCCGAUUAAAUUAAAUAAUUGGAAUUCACUUGAUUGCAGUAAUUAAUUAAUAGUGAUUUUUUUUAUGAAUAAAAAAUAUGGUAUUAUUAAUGAAAAUCAACAUUGACAAUAAUGUCAAUAACAGAAAUGCUCAAAACACAUAUCCACAGCAGCACAAUACAAAAUAAUAAUAAUAAUAAUAACCCAGUACUGACCUGGAUAUUUUUGUGAGAUUCACCUUUUAAACUAAUAUUUCAGAGAUGUUUCACUUAAUGAACGUUACGAAAGGAAGAAUGAAGGUCAAAAUAACUCAUUCUAACACUAAUGCCUUUUCAUAUCACAACCAGAAUACGUUCAGGGGGCUGUAUAAUCUUAUACAUUUAUAAAUAUCUAUGAAUAUGUAUGAUGCUAGGAUAUUUUAUUUAUUGCUUUACCCUACCAGAUUUUUUUUUUUCUCUCAGAUGCUAGCUAACAUGGAUAUCCAGUUGCGGAACAUACUCUAGUCCUCUGCACUCAUCCAUAUCAGAUUAAUAACUUAGUCUCAGUAAAAAAGCUCAGCUGACUUCAUUAACGUAGGUGUUUAUUUGUUAGUAGCAUGUGGUGAUGUUGAUUAGCUAGUAAAUAGUCAUGUCUGGUGUAAUUCUGCCGGAAAGAAAACUUUACAUCCAUGCACUGUCCCAGAGCUUAUUUCUUCCUCAAGAGCUUCCUCAAGCUUACAUCUCUGAUCUUCAGGAAUCAUUUCCAAAGAGAUGGUACAGUCCAGACCCAGUGCAUGAUGGGAUUGUUUGGGUUUUCAUCAUACGAACAUAUCAAGAGCAUGAGAUCCGUGUUCCACAGGUUUCAGCAGAGCUGGAGCUAGUUCAGGUGAGAUCUAGACUCCUAAAUGAGGUUUAAUGACGUUUCAGAUGGUUUGGGCCCUCCACCAUUCUACUGUUGGGUGAAUCUCAUGAAGAAAUGUCCCAGUGAAAUAUGAAACGAAAUUCAACUGAAAACAUAUAAUGCAUUGUUGCAUUAUUUUUAGGAUAAUUAAGCAUGUUUUAAUCCCAAAUUCUCACUAUUGUAGUGCAGUGAUCCUUACUUGUGUACUUUACAAUUUAAAUAACAUAAUUUAUUAUUGUUUGUAUUACAGUAAUGAGAAUUGAUGGAGAAAUUGGCUUAAUUGUGCAAAUGGGCAAUAAAAAACUACUGACUCUCUCAACACAUGAAGAUGUUUAUCAAAAACUUGCUGUUAUUUAUUUCAGUAUUAUAUGUUUUUAAAGGUUCGAACCGGCUGUUGAUUUUAUGGCAUGUGCUGUUGGAUGAGUUCAUAUAUAUGGACAAAUUUCAUUUUGUCGCUUGUUUUGUUUUGCCGUUUGUCUUUUGUGUUCACGUCUGGCUGGAUAUCAGUAUUAUCUUGAAUGUGUCAGGCAGCUUUUAUUGGAAAGCUGUUUGUUUUGAUCUGUAACUCCUGAAAUUAAAGCAGUCACCUUAGUGCAGCCAUGCAUUCCAUCACACACACACACACAUAGACAUUCACACACCCUAUUAUUAUAUAUUAUAUUAUAUUUUUUAAGUUUUAGGGUCAGAUGAUGCAUGUUGAUACUUUGUUUCAUCUGUCUACUGCAUGGGUUUCAUCUUUAAAAUUGUCCACACUAGUUCAGUGUGUUAUUGGCCAUUAACACACAGCUUUGGCUCUAAAUAGAGAAUCUUUUUCCAUUUCAUUGUAGUGCACUGGGAUUUUAUCAUGCCUUACUGUAGUUAUAGUCCAUCAUGUAUCACGCAGAGCUUCUGUAUCAUUCUAUCAGUCUCAACUGCUUUCUGAUGGAAAUCAAUGUUUGUUAUGCAUAUGUCACAAGACAAGUGUGUGUGUGUGUGUGUGUGUGUGUGUGUGUUUGUUUGUGCACAUACAUGACAGUGCAUAGACCACUCAGUUAAAUGGAUUUUGUUUACAUCAUUUUAGAGUUUUUUGUCAUAUGGAUAUUUUUUACUGGAAAGCAAGACAAAAAUAGCGAUCAGCUUUUUUUUUUUUUUUUGCAGUGUAUUAAUAUUCAGUUCAGAUGAGCACGGCUGAAAUCAAGUUCAGCAUUCAACAUCUCAAUUCUCAUCAGUGUACGGAAUCAUUCAGGAGUUUUAUGAUCAUGGGACCAUUGUGUGUGUGAACUUUGCUUUUUUAUUGUGUUAGUUCAGUUCUUACGGAAUUCAAAUAAAAAUGGUUGGAAGAUGUACAAAUGCAAUUUGAUAAAAAUGCAUAUCACUUCAAAUGGAAAAUAAUGAAGUUGUACUGGAACACAAAUGAAAAUGUAAAAAAAAAAAUUUGAAUGUUAACAUGUUUGUACAUGGUUUUAUUUACAGUACAUUGUCAUGUUUUAGAUAAAGCCUUACCUCUGAAUGGACGACAUGUCAAUGUAACACAUUUGUUUCUCUGUGGUGUUUCAUAUUCUGUUAAUUUGCUGUAUUGAAAUUUGUGAAGUAUAAACCUAUAAUAUUCCUGUUGAAAUGGGUAUAGAUUUCCAAAUGCCUCUUAAAAAAAUUGAUUUGCACAUUUUAAAAAAAAUCUCAAGACUUGUCGCACCGAUCCAACAGCCCUGUUUUAGUCUUUAGUCUCAGCUCUAGGUUCUGAAGUGGAUUGUAAAAAAUGACUUUCGCAUUACAUCAGCUAGUCCACAGUCUGAUGCUCACUGUAUCACGAUCAGCCUGCUCUCAUGCUUGUAUAAAAAGCUUAUGCAGACAUUGAUAAUUGCUGUAGUAAUGCAGAUCAGUUGAACAUCUCAUAUGUUUGCUUCUCCUUCAGCGUGUUCAGACAGCAUUGGGCUAGUUGGGGUCUUGGGGGGUGGGGGGCGUCUGUUACUGAAGGACCAGAGAGUUUGUAGUUCCUGUAGCUGUAAUUAUUUCAUGUGAUCAUCAAUGCAGUUUCAUGGAGUGAUAUACUAAUGUCAAAAGCUGUUCAAGUCAAAUAAAUGAAUU